AUGCCUCCCAUCAAAGAUGCCUUCAAUCUUGUACCUGAUUUUCCUUUUAUUCUUGCUAAUGUUUCUUCUGCUCAGGUUGCAUCCCUAGAAGCUCAAGCUCCAUCUGCCCCGUCAAUUGAACUUCCCAUUGCAUCAUCUCUGUCCCCAUCAUCUCCUCUUUUUACUUCUCUCACAGAUAAUUCUUCACACACUGUGGUUCCUAAAAACAUCCGUGCUACCUUAAAUCAUGAAGGAUGGCAUCGUGCCAUGCAUGAGGAGCUCGCUGCCUUGAAGAAAAAUAAUACCUGGACGUUGGUUCCUCGCACCCCUGACAUGCCCAUUAUCAACAAUAAAUGGGUUUUUAAAUCUAAGCUUAAUGCUCAUGAUGAACUUGAUCGCCUUAAGGCUCGCUUGGUCGCCAUUGGCUACCAUCAAAUAGAUGGUGUUGAUUUUCUUGAAACAUUUUCUCCCGUUAUUAAAUUUGGUACUAUUAGAACAAUUUUAUCCAUUGCUCUUGUGCGCAAGUGGGAAAUUCGACAGUUAAAUGUCAAAAAUGCUUUUCUCCAUGGCUACCUUUAG